AUUGUUGGGUUAUGUUUGUUUGUUUAUUACUGGAAUGUCAAAGUUAUUUACGUAACAUACCCUUGCAUCUAAUCGGUGAAAACACUGUGACCACUUGUCCAGGACGCGCAAUGUUAAAAUUGACUCAACUACUGAGCAAACCGAACUGCUACUUUGUCUAUAAAAAUUCAGCUGUCGAACUUCAUACGACUCUGUCGGUACCAGCCGGUCACUCCAAGUGGGCAAAUAUAAAACAUAUUAAAGGUUUGAAGGAUGGACAGAGAUCACUGGAAUUCACAAGGCAAGCUCGCAAUAUUAAACUGGCCGUUCAAGAAGGUGGCGGUUCGACAAAUCCGGCUUUGAAUUCACUGUUGAGAACGGCAAUUGAGGCGGCUAGUAAAAAGAAUAUGCCAGGUGCUUCUAUUCAGGCAGUGCUUAAGAGAUGUUCAGGUCAGAAUAUGAAUGUCAAAAAGAGUAUCCUGGGGAUUCGGCAAGGCAAAGUGUUUCUGGUGGUAAUUCUGUACACCGACAAUUUGAUUAUGGCUAAGAAUCAGCUAAAUACAUUAUUAAGGAAAUCGGCUGCGGCAUGUACCGACACGGUACACAUGUUCGACAAUAAAGGAAUUAUAGAAGUGGUUGGCAAUGAAAAACUUGAUGCAAAGACUCCCGACGAACUGGAAGAAAUUGCUACUGAACAUGCUAUUGAAUGUGGAGCCGAAGAACUAGAAGUCAUUGAUGCGAAUACGAGGCAUUUGACGUUUAUUUGCGACCCAGACGAAAUGGAACGAGUGAAACAAAAACUGUCCGCGAUGGGAUACAAUGUUGAGUUCAGUGAACAUGUUUUCAUACCAAAUAAUCCCAUCACCCUGAGUCAAGCGGAACAGGAAGUCUACGACAAAUUUAAGGAUAAGCUGAAAACAUACGACGGAGUGGAUUCGAUUUAUGAUAAUUUGAACAUUGAAGAUUAGUCGAAAUAAAAUUUGAAUUCAUUU